ACGCGAGGCCUACUUUACCACUACCAACGUCAACCCUUUGUCUACGACUCCAUGUUUCUUCUCCACCGCCCCUGGCUGCUGUUCUCCAUACUCCAUAGCGGUAUUUGCUUGCCCCUGGGCAUACGUUCCCCAUGCGAAAAGCUUGGUAUACUUUAUUGAGCCGCGUAACGGCCCCCUGACAUGGGGCUUAGCAUCUUCGUGAUGUGGAGAGUCUUCCGCCGGCGGGAUAGAGGCCUUCGGGAGUCGUCAUCUUAGCUGUAAAGGCGUUUUUACAAAAUGAUGUUUAAAUCUGCCAAGCACCCGAUCCCGUCUCAAGCUGCCCUCUCAUGCCUGUUCAUCCCAUCUGCUAAACUUCAACACCAUGCGCUCGUUCCAAAUACUUUCGUUGGCGGCAGCCGCUGCUCCGGCCCUAGCCGACAGUCAUUACUUUUUCUCGGGAUUCUUCUCCGGCAGCACUAUUGUCGGCGUCGAGUUCGAUGACCAAACACAGUCGCUCACGUUGAAGAACAACAUUAGCACAGACGCGAGCUCGGGCUCCAAGUGGAUUCACAUCGAUUCCCGCCUGAAGAACUUGUAUGUCGGUACGACUGGCUACUUUCAAAGCUAUGCCAUCACAGACGACCUCAGCUUGACGUACAGCAGUAACGUGAGCUUGUCUUCAGACUGUGACAACGCCAACUACAUCACCUCUUCCUCUGCCUCCCCUUACACUGUUUUCGGAACUCCCUAUGGAGGUGGCUGCUCAAGCCUGGCUAUCACCGUUGAUGACUCAGGUGUGCUCCAGGAGGCUACCGCGAACGUCACAUACGAUAGCGCCGAAGGUGUCCAUGGAACAUGGAUGAGCCCCAACAACGACUUCAUCUACUCUGCCGAUGACAUGGGCAACGCCGUCUGGGCUCACUCCUAUGACAACACCACCGGAGAGGUUACAGAAGUCCAGUACCUCGCCGCAGCCGAGGGAUCUAACCCCAGACACUUGACCGUGCACCCCAAUGGCAACUGGGUCUAUGUCGUCUACGAGGAGGCCAACUCCAUCGCGUCUUACAAGCGCGAUACGACUACCGGCAAGCUGACUUUCACCAACACCACCUACUCUCUCUUGCCCUCAGGCUACACCAACACAUCAUCUUACUGGGCUGACGAAGUCAUGUUCUCCAUCCCCAGCAGCAACGCCAGCGCCACCGCGCCCAAGUACCUCAUUGCUGCCACUCGCUCCCGCACCGUCGGCAUCCCGGGUUACGUUUCCGCUUUCGCUCUCGACAGCACCACCGGCGCCAUCACCGAGCAGCUCUUCCUCACUCCCACCACGAACAGCGGUGGCUCCGCCAAUGCUGUCUCUCCCGCCAAGUUUAGCGAGGACUAUUUUGCAAUUACGGAUAGCGGCUCGAACUUCCUGGAAGUAUGGAAGAUCGACACUACUGGCUCAUCCACGACUGCGGCAGCCGUCGCGCAUCUGGCCUUGGCAUCGGGACCGGCCAACGUUGUUUGGUACAGCUGAGCGAGACGAUGAUGUUACGACAAGCAUGCAAUUCACGUUGCAGGUUUUUAGCUCUACGUAC